AGUGAUAGAGAGUGUGCUGGCGGGAAUAAGAACACCCUCUGGACCCUCGAGCUUCACACAGACGGAGCAGGCUCCUCCGUACACAAAGGGACCACCCACUAGUAUACAGCAAGUACAUGAUGUGCUCGGGAAAAAAGCAAAGAAGCAGCAGCAAAGAAAAGCAAAGAAGAGCCACUACUGACGAUACCCGAAUAUACUUACUUACGCUCACUUACAAAAAAGAAAAAGAAGAAGAAGCCGACUGGCCGCUCUUCCAGGCUCUCGGAGUCAACCGAACUUAAUACGCCCUCGUCGUCUUGCUCGUUCGAGCAGCGGAAAAUAAGGUAGCGCAUCCAUAGUACUUAGGACUUGGUGUACACCCGCCGACCUUAGCUACCUUAUAUACAUGCACAGGCACCACCACCGCGCCACCGGCCUGGCUCCCCAGACUUAAUACCCGUCGUCUCUGCUUCUUCUCUUCUGUGGUCGCCUGUUCUUGUUGCUUCUUGACUUCCUCCAGCUCUCUCGUGUGCUAUUAUUCACCGUGGCUGCUCUUUGCAUGGUCUAUAUAUCUGCUCCUCCGGAUCUGGCCCCCCCAGCAGAGAGCUUCCACCCAAGAUGCGCUCCAGCAUCGCCUGUUCCCGCUGCCGCCGGAGCAAGAUCAAGUGUGUUAAUGCUGGCAUAGACACCACCUGUCGAGCUUGCGAGUCCUCCGGCAGAGAGUGCUCCUAUCCAACUCCAGCGGCGGCCGGCUGUCAUCCCUCUGCCGGCGUCAAACGGGAUAUCACAGCCUCGUCUGGCAUCGACGAUACCAACAGCAGCCACAACCACGGCAGCAGCAACAAUAACAACAACAGCGCCAAUAAUCAUAAUAACAGUAACAGUGAGUGGGACAAUCCCAAAAGACAAAGACACAGGAAACAUGUCAACGCCUCGGUUUCGUCCAAGGACGCUCUGGUGAAGCAGAACUACAUGCUGGCCCUGGACUCGGCCAUCCUCACUCCCAAAGUAUGGGAGACGCUCUUCGACCUCUUCCAGCAGCAUUUCGCUACCAUCUUGCCCUUCUUGCAUCCAGCUACCUCUCUGGCGCAGAUCCGUCAUCUCUCCGGUGGCGGCAGUAGUGCCUCUACUACCACUGGUGCUGCCACUACUAAUACUACCACCACCACCACCACCACCACCACAGAUGGACAGCAUGCUACUGAUCCGUCUCAGAGUCCAGCACCACGGACAGAGGUGUCUCCCCUGAUUCUGCUUGGAGUGUUGACCCUAACGGCCAGAUUUCACCCUCAGCUGGCUCAGCAUCAUUCUCCUGCGUCGCCAGUGAGCCCGUGCAACCCAACUGCCGCCUCGGAGUUCUACGCCAAUGUCCUCAGGGCGCGGCUGGCCGGCACUGAUGGCGCCGAUAUCACCAUCACCGACCUCAGCCGUGUCCAGGCCCUUCUCAUGCUAUGCUUGCACGAAUGGGGGAUGUGUCGUGGGAAAAAUGCAUGGAUCUACCUGGGCAUGGCCGUCCGGAUAUCCCAGACCAUGGGUCUCUCCUUUGAGCCCACAGAGGACGACGGGCCUUAUCCAUCUCAUUCGCUCUCUAUUUCUACGCCUUCUCACCCUUACUCAUCCCGCCGGCCAUCAAUGCAUGCCGAAUUCGACCAGCAGAGCCAGCACAGGGACCAGCUCAACUCAGACGACGUCAUCGAGCAGGAGACCCGGAGACGGACCUUCUGGAGCUGUUUUAUCCUCGACAGGUGUCUGAGUAACGGCAGGCUACGUCCGAGGAUGCUCAGGGUGCGUGAGAUCGGCAUCCAGCUCCCCAGCGAGAACGCCUUCGCAUUUGGUGAGCGGGUACGGACCUCCCUGCUAAGUGACGGGAACACCGGCCGCAACGGACCCAGUAGGCGGUCACAGAGUUAUGAUUCUCGUAACGGGUCAGCCACCACGACCACCAACGGAGUACAGAUACCCAGUCUCAGACAGUCGAUCGGAUAUGCAGACGACGUCAAGUCUAAACCCUGGCCUCCAAUUUCCGGUCAUAGAAGCGAUGGGAUGGGAGACCGGAUCGAUAGGUGGGAAGUCGGUGUCGAGGAGUGCGUCCUGGGCCGACUUGUUCGGAUUAUCCGUAUCUGGGGCAGCGUUGCGAAAUGGGCUUGCGAAGGAGGCAGGAGGUCUGAUCAAUGUCCUCCGUGGCACCACGAGUCUCGGUUCAACCAGCUCAGGGACCAACUACAUGAAUUCCAGGAAGGACUGUACAGAAACCUGCAGUACAGCGCUCGCAACACCGACACCCACAUCAUGUAUAAAAACUCGCUCGCUCCAUAUGCACUUAUGCACAUCAUCUACUUUCUUUCAGUCAUUGUCUUACAUCGCGCAUACCUGCCUUUCCUUCCGCUCCGGCCCAUGGAUCCACAGGGACCCCUGGACGAGCCAUCAUACCCGCCCGAGAGGUACAGCGUGCCCGACAGCUUCUGGAAGGACAGCGCCCGCGAACUAUUUCGCGCAGCCAGGCAGAUGGUGGAACUUGUUCGCACCUGUCAUGAACGUGGUGUGCUGAUGGAGACACCCCUGGUCGGCUUUGCAAUCUACAACGCUACCUUCAUGGGCGUGUACGCUGCUCACUUUAACCACAUGGAUCAGGAUGGCUACCUGUGUUUGAAGCCAUACUCGAGCGACGGUGGUGCCGCUGGCUCUCCCGGUCGCACCGCAGUAACAAUGAUGGGCGCAGCCAGUCUGGCGCAAGCCGAUUUACGGAAAUCCAUUGAGAUCCUUGGUGAGAUGAGGCCUCGGUUGAAGAUGGCAGUCGGCUGGUUCCGAACUGUCCAUCGUCUACAUGGAUAUUUCUGCAAGGUCAAGAGAGACCAGAAACGUCCCUGGAGGAAGCUGGAGGUGAAUGGUGUCGACGGACAGCAGCAGCAUCCAUCACCAUAUGGAAAUGGCACCAGGGUAGCCGGCAGUGCCCAGCAGCACAGCAGCCAUAACCAUAAGCAUAACCGCCAUGCUUCUGCCUCGCAGAUUGUCCAGAACAAUCUAUACGAGGAGCUUAGACAGCUGGACAAGGUGCUCACGGAUUUGGGUAGUACAGAGGACCAAACGCCUGAGAUGAGCGGGUCGGACGACGACAUGGCCGCGAUGCUUCUUGCGAAUCCGACGGAGCACAGCAGCGAGGCGCAGAGCAACAUUGUCAAGAGUGAGCCGGGCGAGGGUCCAGAUAAUUCUGUUACUGCUACUGGUCCCCAUGGCGGCGAGGGAUAUACUGGCAGUCUGCAGCGAGACUCAUGGGUACCGGUCAACAGCAGCGGCAGCCCGGCGUCUCACUCGCUGGCCCCCAUCUCAAACGCAGCGACGGCAACUACUUCUGGCGGCGCUGCUGCAUCUACCAUGGUUAUAAUGGCCAACGGAUGCAAGGAGAAUGGCGACAAACAGUCUUCUGACUGCGAUAGAUGGCCCAUCCUCCCAGCUCCUCAGCAGCAGGCUGGUCCACCCUCCGGUUCGCCGUACAGCCUGCCUCCCUUCCAGGGCGCAUAUCGUGAUACUCCCUCUACGGGACUGCCAGCCAGCCCGCCUAGCUCAGCAGGAACAACUCUCCCGCCGCCAGUCCCAUCUUCGUCCGCUGCGACUGCACCCACCACAGCAGCCUCUUCGCCAUACUUCCCUGCGACUCCUUCGCCAUCCAACUCAAACUCAAACCAUCGUCUGCAAGCUGUCCAGCCCUGGCCAACAUCCCGCCAGCCUCCUCCUCCCCCGCCACCAUACUCUCAGUCUCUUCCCUCACUGAAUCUGGCUGCCCAGCAGAACUUCCCCUUACCUCCUCUCCAACCGAGUCUAACCCACAGCGGCCAAGCACUCGGAGCGCAUGGCCAUGGGCAUGGCCAUGGGCAUGGUCCCGGGUCUGGACCAGCACAGCAUAGUCAUAAUGUAUCGCAUGGCUCAAGCAACAGGACUCCUCCCCUUUCCCAGACCAGGCUCGAUCUAGGCUCGUUCCUGGCGCCACCACCUACCCAACAACAACAGCAACAGCAACAGCAGCAAGCAUCACACCAUCAACACCAACACCAACCGCCGUCUCGGCAUGUCUCACCGUACAGCUCAUAUGAUGCAGUGAACGCCAAUCCGCUGUGGAUGAGCAGCCUAAAUGGAGAAGACGUCCUUGUCUUUAUCGAAGCAGAUAGCUUCGACAAGUGGUCUACCAUGGUCCCUACGCCCAAUGGUCCCCCGUCUCCGGCGUCGCUAUCAAACAUGAAUGGCCAGUAUCAAGCCGGCAACGGCUACAGCUCUACCACCAACACCGGUGCAAACGCCAGCACCAACGCAAACGGAUGGCUAGCUCUUAUCUGGAGCGAAUGUACCCAUUAAUCUCCCAAUCUUUCCAUACUCUACAUCUCCUCUCGUCUCGUUCGUCAUUAUCUGCCUUCACUUCCUGCUUUAUUCCCAUAUAUUCAUCGCCAUUGCAUCGCAUCUCGCAUCUACUACAACUAUCUCUUCGUCGUUUCUCUUUUUCACAUACAACCACCUCAUCUUCUCAACAGAGCUAAAUUAUAUGAAAUCGGAAUAGGGAACUGGGUCAGGCAAGGAGCUGGAUAUGGAUCAGGACUGGCAAUUUUCAUUUUUAUUUUUUUUUCACGUUUAUUUUCAUCUCUUGUCACUCUGGCAUUUGUACGGGCAUGGAUAUGGCUUCUAAUGUUGGUUGUCUUGGUAUAUUUUUUCAACUCAAAGGAAACAACGAAACCCACUGUAUGAUGCUAUCGGAUCUCAUUAUUAUUUUCAUGCUUCGUCGUUUCUUUUUCUUCCCGGCCAUUCCAGCAGCUGGAUGGCCUGAGUGUUUUCUAUUACGUUUCUGUCUCGUGCCUUACUCCGAACAUGCGAAUAACACAUCACUCGCACGGUAGCGGAGCACGGUAAAAGAAUUAC